ACUGAACCUUUUCUUACGCAUGAAAGCACCUCUCCUAGUGUUCAAAAACUCACCUCCAAGACUUAUCAAGAUGGCUUUCUCCAGUGGAUCCUCUGAAAAUCGAAGUCCUUGCACAUUGAUCUUAAAAGUGGGAAACAGGUUCUGAGCAAAAGAGAUUUGGUUGCUAGAAAUAGCUCUGCCCAACAACUACUUCCUGCCACCAGGAUAGCAACUGUCUAUGGGAAGCACUUUCUGUGCAUCUCUAGACCCACUGAUGACAAUAAUGAUCGAUAAAUAUAUAGAUUAUCCGAUGCUUCUCGAUGUUGUAGGUGAAUCGAUGUCGGCAAUUGAGUUCGUUUCUAGUGCUGUCUCCACUUAACUUAAAUGGAUUAUAAGUUGGAAGUGCCAUCACUUGAAUAGAAUGAAUGUCUGUACUCUAUAUAUAUAUAUAUAUCUAUAUUAUCAUGUAUAUGAGCAUUAUGUGUGCAUAGGUGUUGGGAAAUGGAGGUUACAAUGAUGAAGUGCCUCAGUUUUUGUGUGUUGAUGGUGGUCUUAGGUGUAGCAGGGGUUGAAAUGGUUGAUGGAGCUGGGGAGUGUGGAAGUGUUCCAGUUGAUAGAAUGGCCUUCAGGAUGGCACCAUGCGCUGCAGCAUCACAGGAUCCACAGGCUGAGGUUUCAGCAAGCUGCUGCUCAGCAGUGCAGAAGAUGGGGCAGUCACCGAGUUGCCUCUGUGCUGUUAUGCUUUCAGACACUGCAAAGAGCGCUGGAGUUAAACCGGAGGUAGCAAUAACCAUCCCCAAGCGAUGCAACCUCGCUGACCGCCCUGUUGGUUACAAAUGUGGAGCCUACACAUUGCCUUGAGGUGAAGGUGAAGUGGGACUAUCAGCAACUGAUGAUGUCAAUGCGGCCGUUGUUUACUGUAGCCGGCCGGUCCUUUCUGGUUUGAAUAAAAUGUUGGCAUGCAAUGAUAUCUGUGUCUGCCAAAAGUACGGUGUUUGUGUAUGAAUGAAGGUGUUGAAUAAAGCUUGACUAGUUAUGUUGUGUGUAAA